AAAUCCAUAAAUAUCCUGUUCGUUGUUGAUGGAAAUUGGUCUUUAUUAUCGUAUCAUUCUUUAACUGUACCCUUUGGCCUCUUUUGAUACACCACGAAGCCAUAAACGUUGAUGUCUCUAAAAGGCUGCAGAGAUGCAGAAAUUAGCAGUCACGUGACACCGAAGUUAGAAAUAACAUGGCAGCACAGCGCGGGAAAUAACGAGAGUUUUUUGUUAUUGAAAUGAAUAGAUUUUAAAUUCAAGGGAACCAAGCACACUGAUAUAAAUAUUUCACUAAAGCCAAAGGUUACCAAAUAUUAACAAUAAAUAUGAGUGAAUUUACAGUUCAUCAUCAUGUUAGUGAACUUAUGAAUUUGUUGAGUGUUCGAUCUACUGAUACUUUUGGUGCAGAAGAUUACACAGAGAUGCUUUUAAAGAAUAGAACACCUUAUGUCACAACUCAGGUUUCAGCACAUCAAGCUAAAAGAAAAAUUGCUGAAUCUUCAAAAACACCAAUAGAAUUCUUAGCUAAAUAUGAUGAACUAAAGGGAAAGAAUGUAAGAGAUUUGGAUUCAUUGGUAUAUUUAUUAUCCAAAUUGGCUGAAGAUGAUCAGGCAAAAGAGUUUUUAGGAAAAUAUGCCACAGAUAAGGCAAAUGAGGCUGGAUUAACCUUGACCUCUCAUGAAAAGAUUAUAGGUCAAUUGCCCACUCCUGGAACUAAAAUGACUUCACAAGAAUUAUCUGAGAUUAAAGAUAUAUUGAUGAAAGAAGCCCAUUCCAUGCCUACUGCUACUUCAUCAGAAUUUUUAAGGAAAGCUUUAAGAGAGAAACAGUUAAAAAGAAAUGUUAAUAUACCAAUGCAGCCUGAAUGGUUGUUCCAAAGACCAGCUCUGACAUUAGAUUUUAUGGUUGGGGUAGAUGAACAGACAGAUCCGAACAUAGUAUCUUUAGGUACACUACCAUUGUUAGUACAGGAAGAAGCCAUAAUAGAUGAUAUACUGUGUUGUUUGCAGGGAAUAGAAGGAAAGUAUAUUUUAGCUCGGGCCCUUACCGAAAGAUAUGCUUCUAAAGAAUUUAUGAUAGAUCAGAGUUUAGAUCAUUCCUUACAAGAACUAGUGAAAAGAAUUCUACCCUUAUGUUCAAACUAUUCUACCAUUGUUAGAUUUAUUGAAGAGAAGUCAGCAUUUGAAUAUGGAUUAGUAAAUCAUGCUUUAGCUGCUGCAAUGAGAGCACUAAUUAAGGAUUAUAUGGUUCUAGUAGCUCAACUAGAACACCAAUAUAGAACAGUACCAGAUUUUGUAUGGAAUUGCCUCAGCGAGGUCAGGUACUUUUCAAUCCACUGGCGUCGAAAAGAUUCAAGUGGCUGCAUCUGUACUUUAACACGUUUGGUCACCAGUUCACGAGUACACAGUGGUUUGUCGAAACUAUCGUGGGUAAGUGGCUUUAGUACAGUUAUUUUUCUUACUGUCAACAAUUGUGACGGACAUAUCGGGCCUAUGUCUUUGACACCUGCUGUGGAUCGAGUUGAGAACAGCUUCAAGUUCUCUAUUACGAUGGUCAUCAGAGUUCUAAAUGGUACUGUCGUUUUUCCCAAUACUUUUACUAAACAGGCUUUCACAAGUCCAACUAAACGCUCAUAAAAUCCUCCAAACCAUUGACCCAGUUUAGGUAUAUGGAUCCAUUGUACAUGGUAAUUCGCCAUGUCCUCCUUUACAGUGGGACUGGAUAAUAUGGCUUUGAUUUGCUUAGAUGCUGUGGUGAACGUCGUUGCAUUAUCAGAGACCAUCACUGCUGGUAAGGAUCGUCUGGCGACGAAGAUACGAAACAGGUUGAGGAACUGAUUAGUCGUAAGGUCAGACGCAAGUUCCAAAUGUAUUGCUCUCGUAGGGGGUCACAUGGCUAAGUGGGUAAGACGCUGGCUCGCUAGCCUGGAGGUCGGGUGUUCGAUCCCGGCAUUGGCCGAGAAAGUCCAUCCAGAUUUUCCGGCGUGGUUCCCCCUUGUCAGUGAUGCAGGACGGAGGGCCUGACAAGGACUGCUGUCUAGUCCUUCGGAUGAUACGAAAAACCAAGGUCCUGUGUAUACAUUGGAAUGCCCGUAAAAGAUCCCUUGGCAGUUGGAAUUUGAUAUAAGAGUAGGCGAUAGUGCCGCUGCCCGGGCAAAAUUUCCCUCAUAGCACACUGUAUGGUGUAUGCUCGUCUUCAUUAGCCCAGGUUAGGAGCAGAACAGUAGGACGUUAAACCCCAUUUCAUUUCAUUUUCAUUUCAUUUUUUGCUCUCGUCAUGGCACACGUAAAGAGCAAAGUGGGAGCUUUGGAGUACCCAUAGGAUAUUUUCACUGAUAUUGAUCUGGCGAAGUCUACUCCUGUGACAGUGAAAGGACCUGAAUCAGCGUAUCUUCGGUAACGGAGGUGUGACUGGAGAACUAUAUGAUUUACCCUUUGCUUUCUUGCAGAUAAUACACUUGUUUACGUGAGUUUUUACUAUUACAUAGCAACCACGCCAUACAUUUGUUAAUUUUUGUUUAAUAUUUCUCUCGGUGUUAUAAUUUGGAACCAAAGAGAAUAGUCCAUACAUUAGUAAUGUAGGUCUUGUAUAUUAAAUCUUUUAUGGGAAUAAAUUCUGUAAAUCUCACCACUUAAUUGAUUGGGUAAGUUUACCAACGUCAGUAGAGCGUGAAAUCAUUAACUAUAUAAAUUUCUGGUAAGUUUAUUGAUAACUGUAUCAUUAAAAGAAAAUUUGUUAUCGGUGUGACUAUUGUAGAAGAACUCAAAUGAAAAUUUUGGAUAUGUAAG